AUGUCACGAAACUCGUUCCAUACUCGGUGGAAAUCCACCACCAGAUCCGCAGCCCCUCUGCCUGACCCUUCCACAAAAUGGAGUCAAGUUGGUCCGGCAAAGGAGCAUUUAGUGCAGCAGUUGGAGACCCUUUACUGGGAAGGAGUCCGCGGCGAGAUCGAAAAUAUCAUUCGCACACUUAGAAUAUUUCAGGCCCCAGAGUACGCGGACGGGCUGAUUGAUAAUGUGGGGGAGAACGAUAUCCAUGGAUAUGACACAUUCCUGGACCAGGUCAACCAGCAAGCGCGCGCGUUUGCGCUUCGUUACCGAGACGAGCGAACGGAGUAUAAUGGCCUGGCUACAACAAGAGUUCUGGAUAGCGAGAAGGCUGUUCGAGAUCUGACGUACGAUAUCAUUGCGGAGAGGAGCAGCGCCAGGGUGACAGCAGAAGUUCGAGAGAAUCUGACAAGUGAGCCAACAACUACACCUUCCCUCGAAGGGAUACCCACUAACGAACUUCCAAAGACGACCCGAAAAGAUCUAGUAUCGAAAGGCAAGCAUGGUUACUGCUUCAGACAGCAGAUGAUCGAGGACCGUCCAGACCAGAGGAGGCCCAAGAGGGUCCCUGGUAUACCGCAAUUGGUGGCGAAGAGCAUGGGUACACCUGUCGAAUUUCGAGUGCUGAAGUGUGCCCAAUGCCACAACGCCAUAACCGGCAGCAUGUUCACGCGUCGGAACGAGGAAUUUGCGACGUCCACCAUCUGCGAAGGCUGCUAUUGGGCUCACCAUUAUGGCGACCAAUCGUACGUCAAGCAGUACAAGCAUUCCAUCGUAGAGGACGCGAUCGAGCUGGCGGAACGGCAAGGGUCAUGCAAAUGCGAGCAAAAUACUAAACAGCUCACAGGAUGGUACCACCUCAAAUUCAAAGAUGGCAAUCACUAUCAAAUUAGCGCCACGAAGUCGUGUCCAGUGUUUAAGAUCUCACAGGGAAUCAGUAAUGUCAAAUACAAAGGGCUUCUUGCAACCGCGGGAUUAGAGCCGCCGGUGAGGAAACGAUUUGGACUUUCUCGAGUGGCGAGCAAGCUGAAGAGACACUCGUUAUCGACAAUUGGACAGGCCUCGCCGCUCGCCCCAGAAGAACUGGCCUCGAAGUUGUACCUGCAGAGUUCGACUGGAAGGGCAAAAGCAGACGAGGAUGUCCCGCUCUUCGCUCGAGAAUGUGUCGUCGAGAAUCCGUUCAGCUAUGUGCAUAUGGUUCUACGAGUAGGACCAAUUCUUAUUGAGAGGAUGUCAGAGACGAAUGUCCUCAUAACGCUGAAGGAGCUGCCAGUCUUCCAUGACCGAUUUCAUAUUCGUGGCAACCAGCACAUGCUCCGUAUGGACCUGGAAGCAGCAGCGCAGCUAUGGUAUUGCGAGCAGCCUGUAAGCAAACCGAAGCGUUAUAAGCUCGCCAUGAAGCAGGUGGUCGGCGCUCCAUUUUCCGGUCUGCUUUCUGAAGGAGAGGAAGGCCAGGCGCAGCAGGAAACUGUUCAGCUUCUCCUGGCCGCCGCCAAUGCCUUGGAUUUGGGUCUGUCAAGUGCCGAGCAGAGCAAAGUGCUUGCAGCAGCGACAACCCCAAUAUUGGACAAGCUAAAAAAUAUUCUCGGGGCCAGACUUAAGAUCUACCUCCAGGCAAUCGGUGAAAGACUCGUCGACCAGAGCACUGCCAUUGAAACCACUGAUCCCACAUUUUGCUCCUCACUGCUUGAUCCGGCCAUAUUUGGACCCCUUUUUAACGGUCCCAUACGCGAGUUUCUCGGGGGCCCUCUCUACCUGAUGAGCUUCCUCUGUCCAACGGCAACCGAAUAUCCGGACCAGCGUAUCAUCACCAAGCACGAUGUUCCUUAUGGCUUCACAGAGGAAUAUUUGCAUCGAUAUUACUUUGGUCGUUUCAAUGACGCAGAUAUAAUCGACACUCUACAAGAAUACUGGUACGACUGGGGUUCGUUCUUUGGCGGCCCAUUGUACCGAUAUCAGGACACCUUCCCAUGGGACUGCUCUGAAAAAUGGAAACGUUGUCCGACCAAGUGCGGCGACUGUAGCAUUACAAAGCACGUAUGGGCCUUUCCGUUCGAUAGCUGGUCCUUGAUCACCCUCCACCUCCAGCGGGAGCAGUACCUGUACCCUCCGCGAGCCGGAACCACAGCAAUCUCACCAGUUGACUGGGUCCGGUCUCGCCAGUACAUCCUCGCCGCUGCAGAUGCCCUCCACCGCGUCGCAACGGCAAUGGCGCAAUCGCCACGGCUUGGAAAAGUCACGGCCUGGCUGCACGAAGACAGCCGACUGCUGCAGACACAACCAUCUCUUUCUCGGGCUAAACUCGGUGGCAUCCACCGCGCACAACCGUUCAGCCACUACUAUGAACUCGGCGCCAACCAGCACUACUUCCUGUCAGAAUGGGCCAUGAUCAAUUGUGCGGAGCAGAUAAAAGCCUAUGAGAAACUUCGAGAUGCGCGGAUGAUGGUCUUCGAGAUUCCCUGGCAGAUAGCCGGCACACCGCGGUACCGAAAGAGUGCCACAACGCACGAUAUCACCUACGGGUAUGUAGGAUUCCAGGGUCAACGGGCCGAUCACAGACCUUCUGAUAACGCAGGGGCCAACUAUUACCCCUAUUAUUAUCCCAUCACUGACACCCGCACUUCUGGCGAAGGCUAUCAAUGUGCUGAUGGACAAUUUCAGAUGACGGAUCAGACGGCUGGCGACGAUGAUCCUACCCACGGUGCGGAGCAUAACUGCGGUUCUGGGUGCGGUGCCAGUACCGAGGCUGGGGCGCUGCAGGGUGAUAAUGGUGGGUAUGGUGGAGGUUAUUAUGGCGGAGGGGGAUAUAGUGGCUGUGGGAGCGGAGGUGGCGGAGGGAGUGGAGGAGGAGGUGGUAGUGGAGGAGGUGGUGGUAGUGGCGGAGGUGGUGGUGGCAGUGGAGGUGGAGGUGGAGGUGAGUCAGCGUCAGACCCUGGGUGA